AUGUUCUCUGGCGCCCCCGACCUGGCCUCCAGGCCGAAGCCGCCAGCCAACCGGAGACCGAGCUCGCAGCUGCGUCGCAUCUCGUCCACGUCAAACCAGAGCGGAAAGGACGGCACGGACGGCGAUGGAGGUUCCGGCAGCAGACCGACCUCGUCGACCUAUCUCGACCCAUCUGCCGCCCUCGAUCCGAGGCAGGGCAGAGCGGCGCCCCAGCGCCCCGACCGCGGCCAUGGCCACGUUGUGGUCCUCGAUCGCGACCUCGACCUCGACCUGCCCGAUGAUCUGACCGCUGCCUUGGAACGCAACGUCCAUCGCUGGCCAAAGGGUCGCGUCAGAGUGGCCUCGGCCUGUCACCCAUCGGCCGACGCCUCGUACGUCGACGGGGAAGAGGCGCAGAAGCAGGGCCGCAUCGCGUCCUACGGCAGCCUCGGCCGCAACACCACAGCCAGACACACGAUGCUCCAGGGCGGCGAGGCGUCGGAAGGGGCGGCAGCGGGGCCGGUGCGACCCGGCAUCGGCGGCAAGCGGAGGCCCAGCCUGCAGUACAUCUUUUCGACGCCCGAGCGCCAGAGGCGUGCGGCUCGCAACGAAUGCGCCACCCAAAACACGCCGGACCCGGCCUCGCAGCCAGGCGAAGACGGCCAACCGACAACAAUGCGCGGUCCUCGUACCGCCGAACACCGUGACGGCCUGACAAUAGCCGAUGCGAGAGGAGCAGUAGAGGACGUCUUUGCCGAGGACGACGAGGCCGGGGCUGAGGACGACGAAGAUGCAGACGACGAUGACGACAGCGACGCCAAGAGCCUUGCCUCGGAGGCGUCGUCGUUUGACCGCGAGUGGGUGGGCAACCUCGGACGCGACGAGCUCGAGGCCAUGCUGAUGCAGGCCAACCGCAUCAUCAAGGCGCGCGAAAAGGACCUCGUCAUGGCCGCCGCCAUCGGAAAGGCGUUGCUGGAGAAGAAUAUCAGCCUGCGCCAGAAGCACACGGGCAUCGCGUCCCGCCUCGCCUCGAGCACCAGCAUCUUUGACAUGGCCCAGGGGCAUGGGCAGGGGCAGACGCAGGCGCAAGGAGCAAACGGCGGCAGUAUCGGCGACGGCGUCACAAACGACGCAAGGCUACCGUGCUCGCCUCCGACGACCGACGUCGACCUCACCGCGAUGCCAGCUACGGCAGCCAGCGAGGGCGAGACCGCGCCCUCGACGCCAGUCAUGACAAGCGACCACAAGGGCGACAGUGCCGCCGACGGCGAUGACGACGAGAGGACCCCGGUGGCCUCGGGUAAUCCAACGCUCGGCAGGAACGGCACCGCCGACUACUUCGGCCACGCCACGCUCUCGACGCCGUACCGGACCGUGGCCAGCGGUCACAGGCAGCCGCUCGGUGCGAUGACGGCGGCGCCUCAGAGGACGGCCGGGGCCGGCCCGACUGAACCGCGCUCGACCCGGCUCGGACUCGGAGGCGACGACGAGAAUCUCAAGCCCCGAGUGUCGCGCGACGACGAUCCAUGGGUCCCGAGCCAGGCCGGCCUCAUCGUCUCGAGGCCCGCUUCGCCGACCGGAUCGGUCAGCGCAUCGCUGUCGUUCCGCGCCAACGACGCGUUCGACGACCGCGGACGUCGCCGGCCCGCACUGAGCCAGGUCCAGGCCGCCGAGGCGCAGCGCCAGCUUGCGCGGCUGAGCGAGCAGAACGAGGCGCUGCUGCAGCAGCUCUCGGAGCUCCAGGAGGAGGCCGAGCGGGCCAAGCGCGACGGCAGCAAGAAGCUGAGCCGGCUCGACAAGGAGAUCGGCGGCCUCAAGGCCGAACUCGAGGCCGCCACCCGCCGCAACGUCGAGCUCGAGCAGGGCCGGCGGGCGACCAACUCGGGCGACGACGACGGCGCCGACGAUGUCAAGGUGACGCACAGGAGGGGCUGGACGAGGGGCAAGGGCGUCGGCCCCAUUUCGCCGCUGCUUCAGGGCACGCUCAACAUCGGGCUGCAGGCGUCGCUAACGCCCGUCCGCAGUAACCUGCUCACUCCCGAAGAGAUGGGCCUCGCUAAGCCGGCGGGCGCCGCUGCUGCGGCGUCGAGGCGGCGCUACUCUGCAUCCGAGUCCAGCGUCGACGGCACCAGCGCGUUUAGCGACGACGCGGCCGGCGGCAUCCCGAUCUCGGCGUCGGACCUCGAGGAGAUGCUCGGCUACCGGCCAGGCAACUCCGAGGGCGAGCAGGCGCUGGUGGCGCGGCUGCUGGCCAAGAUCCAGGAGCUGCGCGAGACGAACCGCGCCAUGGCCCAGGCCGGAUCCGAGAUGGACGGCCGGCUGGGACGCGCCAUGGAGGAAGGCGAGAGGCUCAAGGAUGCCUACGAGGCGGUCGAGAUCUCGAGCGUCGCCGCGGAUCUGUGGCCCGGUGGCGCGGACGACGCCGAGGCCGACGAGGCAUCCAAGACGCCCGGCGAGGCCCCAAGCAACGCAGUCGGUACGCAGGGCCUCAUGACGCCGUCGGGCUCUCGUGGCGACCUCGACCUGCUCGCGCUCUCCCCCGGCUCGGCCACGGACCUGAACUCGUCGCCCAGCCGUCGUCGCAGGGCCCCGGGCAAUCGAUACGCCAUCGAGACGCGCAAGACGAUCCGGGCCGCACUGCGCCGGGAGCGGCAGCAGGCCAAGCUGUCCGAAGGCGGGCGGGUCGCUGCCUUUGACCCUGCGGCGGGCGGUCUAUCGCGGUCGACGACGGCCGACUCGCUGGCAAGCUACUCGCUCGAUCUCAGCCAGAGCAGCAGCGCGGCAUCGUCGCCGAACUCUCGUAGGAUCAUCAAAAAGGUGUCCGGCACGUCGAUCGGCGUUGGCGCCGCCGCACGGCCCCGCAUCCGCAUCACGCCGUCGAUCGAGGACCUUGGCGCCCGGAGGAAGCCGAUCGAGGUCACCAUUGCCGGCGACGGCGGGGACGACAAAGGUCGGCAGGCGAGCAGCAAGGACUGGGAGGAUCUGCCAUCGCCCACACAGGAGCGACCGGGCCUUGGUGGCCACGACGGCUGUCUCAAGCCAUCCGAUGCGCUCCACUGCGCGCCGCCCUCGGAUCGCCUGCUGACUGAGCAGUGGAUGCCGCGGCCAAGCGGCGCAGACAACCGCAGUCGCUCCGGUCGGCCUUCGCAGUCGGCCAGGGACAUCUCCGACUCCUGCGACAGCCGCGCCGCCAGUCCGAGCCCGGCCGACCGGGUUCUGCGCACCGGCGCAGGCCACAGCGACGAACUGCCGGUGACGCCGGAGCGACCGGCUCGGCUGACGCACAGCAGCUACAGCUUCUCGUCGCUUGCGUCGAUGAGCCGUUCCUCGAGCAUCAACAACGUCAACGACCUCGACUGGGCGCAACGGCGCACGCUCGGCAGCGAGCUCGGCAGCAUCUUUGGCGGCGACGAUCGCAAGAACGACUUCAACGGCGAAGGCGACGACUCGGCGCCGACGAUGCGGGCGGGCGGUGAAAUAGACGCCGUCGAAGGUCCUCUGAGGCUGUCGGACCUCGACGACGGCGGCAGCGGCCAGACGCUCAUGCAGGCGGUCUCGCCCGCCCAGCUGAUCCGGUACAAGAGGAGCGACCGGCCAACGGCGAGCUUUGGCCGGCUGGUGCCCGAGGACGACGCCGACGAGGACCAGGAGGACAUCGAGUGCGUGCUGCAGCACAUGGACGCGGUGCUGCGCGUCGAGCCGCCGUCGCCGCAAGACGAGCGCGACUCGUCGCUCAUUGCCGUAUUCGCCGAGUCCAACGAUGGCGAGUGGCGCGCCGGCGACGACAUCGUCGAGAGGGCGGGUCUUAAGGAUCUCGAGCAGCCGCGCGGUGACCAGUACGACCUCAUCUGCGCCGCCGUCGGAGACCAGCCGGUCCAGUGGGCCGACGACGAUGACUACGGCCGGCCGAUCACCGAGACCGAGGCCCGGAGGAUCGGCCUGCUGCAGCUGCCCUCGGCUGGCGUCGGCGGCCGCGGGCAAAAGACGCUGCCGAGGAAGUCGAGGAGUAGCGUGCUGCUCGGGUACGCCUGGGCCGCCGGACGCAAGCUGACGGCGGGCGCCGGAGGGACCAGUCGGGACGGCAAGGGGCCGCAGGUGCAGCGCACUUCGAAGCUGGGCACGGCGCGCCAGCUCGAGUCCGAGGAGCAGGUGCUGGAACGCCGCAAGCUCGAGGAGCUGCUGCGCCGGCGUCGCAUCGAGGUGCUGCGCAGCCGCGGCUACGACGCCGACGACGGCAAUGACUCGGACGGCCGUGCGCUCGAGGCCGAGGUCAAUGCACGCGUGCUGGCCAUCUCGCCGGCGCGUCACCGCCUUCGGGCAGAAAAGGCGCGCGCGUCGAGGGCUCCAUACCUGGGCACUGGCCGCAAGCUCGACUUUGGACAGCUCGACGAAGGUGACGACAGCAGGGCAGGGACGGCCGCCGUGCGCAGGAGCAAGGCUAGGGCGAAGAGCAAGGGCAAGGGCAAGGCGCGGCUCAUCGACCCCGGCCUCGACGACGACGACGGCAACGACGUCGACGAUGGCAACUUCAACCGACAAGACGGGCUUGCCGUUGCCCGCAUGCGGAAGCUCGGCGGUCUCGGCACAGACGGCCGCGUCGAACGGCUCGACGAGACGACGCGCGACUGGGUGCGCGCCACGUCGUUGGCCGCCGGGUCUAGGUCUCGCCGCGGUACCCUCGGGUCGGACGACGACGCCGGCGAGGGCGUGGGCAGGCGACGCGGACAGCGUCCUGACGACGACGACGAGGCUGGGUCUUCGACGUCGUCGGAGUUUGAGCUGCUCGAGGCGCCCGUCGAGGGGCGGCGGGGCGCGCGGCGGGUCAAGCGGCAGGGCGACGAAGGGACCGACUACUUUCCCAUUUCGCUGCGGGCGCGGUACCAGCCCGAGAUGGUCAAGCAGCGCGUCAAGAUUGCGUCCAACGAGGCCUACUUCUGGAUCAGCACCUGGAUCACGUUUACCACGGUCAUUGUGUUCGCCUUCGUGGUGGCGGUGCGGCGCGGGCCGGGACCGGUGCUGGGCACGAGCGGCAGCACGGGUACGCGGGCCUCGAGGCGGGCCGCCUAG